AUGGCGGACACAGGAACAGGCUCAUCCACUCAGACGCCGGCAGGCCAGGCAGUGGUGGGUUCGCAUUCUGACUCCAACGCGCAGCCACACGGCGCGGAUGAUUCAACUCACGAUGGGGGCCAGCAAGAAGCAGCACCGCCCACGAAAAGAUACACGUAUGAAUACAGUACUCUGGGAGGGUACUUCCUGCAGGACGACCCGUCCACGGACGCCGCGACCUUCGACUUCAUGGCUCCGAACGUGAACUUUGGGUUGAUUGACCGGGCGUACGAGUCCGAUGGAUCAUUACCGAACAAGGGCCAGGAGAUGACGCAGUGGCAGCGCUUCGAACACCACGUUAGAUCUUUGAACCAAGAUGCGCGAGAUGAUGACAACGACGACGACGCAGAAGCACAAGAAGAUGGAGCACACAAGAACCAGCGAGGGACACGGCAACGGCGCCACGCCUCACAUUCUGCCACACAGACACGAUACCUCGUCUUCUUCCUCGGCCGGCACGGCAACGGCUACCACAACAUCGCGGAGCGGUACUACGGCAGUACAGCCUGGGACUGCCACUUCAGCGCGCUAGACGGCGACCCGGACGGCGUCAUGACCUGGUCGGACGCCGCGCUGUCGAGCGAAGGCAAGCGACAAGCCCGACAAGUCAACACCUUCUGGAAGAACCAGACUGCUAGCCACAAAAUGCGUGCCCCAGACGUCUACUUGGUGUCUCCGCUCGACCGCACGCUCCAGACCGCGCAACUCAGUUUCGACAGCGUUGUGGGAUCGGCGGGACUAAAGGCCGUGGUGAUGGAAAAGGCCCGCGAAGGCACAGGAAUCCAUACAUGCGACAGGCGCGGCAGCGUCACGUCCAUCCGCGCACGGUAUCCGAGCUACAACGUCGACGCGGACGUCUAUCUUACGGAGCGGGACGAAUUCUGGACGUCCGACCGUAGGGAGCCACCCUCGGCGCUGGACAAGCGAAUGCGUGGCUUCUUUGACGAUUUGAUGUCCGAUGCCGAGAUGCUGGGGCCCGAAAAGGACAGCGUCUCGGUCACGAGCCACUCUGGCGCCAUCGCCGCCAUGUUACGCGUCUUGGGCCAUCGAGACUUCGGCCUGGGUACUGGAGCGGUCAUUCCCGUUCUCGUCAAGGUGCGGCGGAUUAGGCUGGAUGAUGACGGCAAGGACCUGGGCAGAAGAAACGGUGGCUCGGGCGAAGGUGCUCAUCACAAGGAGCCGACGCUCGAUCUGCCUGACUUGGCAGACAGUCAGGAUGAGCAGGCUGCUAAAGGCCACAAAGAGAAUCCUAGUCUCUCAAACGUCGAUCCUGACGAUAGAUCAAAGUGGGCGACUAUCCCCUCGUGUCCGGCCGACUUGGACCUUGUGACUGUGGGGCAGCAGCGCUGGGGUAUGGGUCUGAAAGAAUUCCUAGACGGCGUCGAAGGUGGGACUCUCGAUAUGGAGGCCGUGCCGUUUCGAUGA